ACUUGGGCUGUAUUUUAUUAAAAAAAAAAUCAUGCACAGUCGGGUCAGGUCGCUAGUUUGUCAUAACCGCAUAGUGUUUACAAUAAGUGCGUAGAUACAUUAAAUCUGACGGUACAUAUGGUGCUUGAAUCAUAGUAAAUAUAUUAAAGAUGAAUCAUGGAUCUAUUAUAUUUAUAUUUACGGUUUGAAUAUUACUAACAACCACUGGUACAAAAAAAAAUACACUCACGACUGUAAUAUUGGAUGGAGCAGUCAGAGGCAUUACUGUUUUGUUAAAUACGCACCAUACAGCAUAUUUUUUUUUAUGAUACUUUCGUAUUAAGCAUAUAAUGUGGCAGGAGGCGGGCCUACCACCAUCACCCGAAUUGAUUUGCUUUGUUAAUAACGUUUUCCAUCACCAGAGGGAAUUUUAAAUGGGUGAAGGUGAUAUGAUAACCUCGCCUGUACUGAUCAUAGCAAACAUCGCUGUCCACAAAGGUGGCGCAACGCAUGUCGUUCGGGCUGCUGGGCGGCAAGACGGCGGCCCGCUGCGAGUUCGUUCGUAUGAAGGGCCCCAGCGGCAAGGGACACGCGGAGAUGGCUGUGUCGCGGCCACACUCGGCCGGCGUCGACACACCGAGCUCCGAGCCCGGCCUCGCCGCCACCGACAUGUGGGACAGCGACUGGGACGAGGACCCCGAGGAGAUGUUCAUUUACAGGCACCAGCGGCGGCUCAGCGACCCGAGCGCGAACCUGAACAACUUCGUGCGCGGCGGCUGGCGCACCCGCGACCCGCGCGACAAGAGCCGCUCCGAGAACGAGGGGCUCGACUCGCUGGCCGGCGGGCUGGCCGAGGUCGAGGCCGGCGACCUGCGCGACGAGGAGCGCCGCGGCUCCCAGGCUUCCUCCGUGCGCUGGCGGUGCUGCGGCGCCGCGCCGGCCGGGCCGCGCAUGCGCGACGUGUACGCGCGCGCGCAGCCCGACGUGUCGUCGCCCGCGUGCCUGCACGUCGUGUCGCCGCGCCGCGCGCCGCCCUCCCGCCCCGCGCCGCCGCCGCACCCGCGCCCGCUCGCGCCGCCCGCCCGCCGCGCCGCCGCGCCCGCCGCCGCCGCCGAGUGCGAGGUGGCCGCCGACGCGGCCGCGCUCGACGAGCGCGAGCUGGCGCUGCAGCCGGCGCGCACGCUGCGGGACGCGAGCGAGCGGCUGACGGUGCGCGGGCAGGAGGAGCUGCCCAGCUGCGAGGCGGGCUGGGCGGCGGCGGCGGCGGCGGCGGCGGCGGCGGGCGGCGGCGGCGGCGGCGGCGCGCGCGCGUACGUGACGCUGCCGCGGCGGCGGCGCGGGCUGGGCGCGGCGCUGUACCGGCGCGCGCGGGCGCCGCCGCGCCGCACGACGCCCGACGGCACCGACGUGUACUACUGGUGCGACGUGCCGCGCCGCCCGCCCGCCGAGCUAGACGACGGCGCGUACAACCCCCUGUGGGCGAUGCGCGGUUUCACGCAGACGUUCCACCUGUGGAAGGAGGGGAAGCGGCAGCAGUCGACGCCUCUGAACGCGUUCCUCACCUACGUCACGCUGCCCUGGUGGAGCAUCGCCAAAGAUAUACUGGACCACCGCGAGGAGCCGAUCCUGACGUUCUGAGCGACCUGCUAUCGACCUACUACGUGAGUUACGGACGACCCUCCCCUGACAAUCUACUGUACACGGCUAGCAAACGAGUAAUAAAAGAACUUUUGAUAAAAUAUGUAUCAGUAAAAUUAAAUUAAAAACUAUCGUUAUAAGAGAACUUUUAAAAGAUGGCCCUAGUGAAACAUAGUCAUCGAUUUUACGGUUCAACUACGAUGAACGUAUCUCACCAAAGACAUAAUGUUAAUACUCUUUAAAAAUAGACUUUGAACUGAAAAAGAUGUUUCAAAAUUGUAUAAAGCUUAGGACCAAGCAAUGUACACUAUAUACUUUAAAAAAAUUAAGUUUAAUAUAUAUUUUCUUAUAAUUUUGCUUUGUUUUCUAAAACAAACAAAAUCCCACAUGUGCAAUACAAUGUCUUACAUGGCGGAAUGUCUAUGUCAAUGCCAGUCGAGGCAUGUAGAAACGUCACAGUGAUAUAAUUAUAGCCAAAACUAACUAGUUUCACUACUUAUUAAAUUUAUCCUAGUGCCUUUUUAGACAUUAUGGCGUGUGAUUUGAUGUAAUUUUUUUUUCUUAUAUUUAUCUCUAAUUAGCUCUUUUUAGCUGGAGUAUAUCCAGUGAGAUGCCAUCUCAAACAAAAUAAAUAUUACAAUACUACCUAGACGAGAUCUUUCUCGAGUUCUCGAAUCGAGUCUAGAUAGGCAGUUAUUUGUACCCAGUAAUUUCAUGGCUAGUUGGUUUUAAUCCAUAGACUCUCUAUUUGUUCCUUGAUAGUUGGGACUUCUAGGUACUCGUAUACUUCUGUAUUCUUUACGAAUAAGGAUGCUCUGCUUGUAGCUUUUAAAAAAUGGCCGAAAAUAUUUUUGUGCUAAUAGACUACUUAUUAAAUUAAUUCUAGUCUUUCUUCCGAUGAUAUUUGUGAUUUUGCUCUCUCUUUUAAAAUACUGUACAGUGACUGAUCCCAAAGUUAUUUAAAUACGCAAUAAAUUUAAAACAAUCCUGUAUCACUAGUGCCAUCUUUAAUGUCAUAUAUGAUGUGACUCCAUAUUAUGAUGGGAGACUAAAAUAUAACUAACCUAUACAUGCCACGGCUACGCCUCCGUGGUUUAUUUAUUCCGCAAUGAUUUCUUUGUUUGUUUGUCUGUUUUAUUAUAUUUUGUCGCCGCGUACAUGUAUUUAUUGUCGCGGUGAGGGUGUCGGUUCGUGUGUUAUUUGCCUUACGGACGACAAGAGUGUUGCCAUAUUGGGAGUCGUCUCGCACAUUACUGCCAUCUACAUGCAAACGCGUCUUGCCGAUAUACGUUAGAUUUGUAUGUAUUAGACGUAUUUAAUUUUAUGCUGAUAAGUGCUAUUGUAUGUUCUCUUAUUUAAUACUUAAUAUGUGUUUUUAUGGCAAAUUGCAGAUAUUUUCUAUUUUUAUGAAUUCUACCAUGAGGUAGUAUUUUUGUCCGUAAAGGGAUAAUAACCUAAAAAUAUGGGGUUCAUAUAUAAAACUAUUUUAAUUUAUUCAGCUGUACGUCAACUUUUAAUAUAGUAAAAUGAUUGAACGCUAUCUGUUAUCGCAAUAAACAAGUGAGAUCAUUUAUUAUUUGUGCCCUGCGUCUAUGACUCACCAGUUGGUCAUCUCGGCUUCCCCCGAGCGUCACACGUUAUCUGAACUUGUGGAAAAUUUGGGAAAACCCUCUAAUUACAUAUUUGUUCUUCCGAAAGUUCACUGGGAUUGAAUGCUAUAUAUAGCACUAAGUGUCUCUUUUGUAUCAUAUUUAUUUUUGUAAUGUGGUCAACAAAGAAUGAAUAAAUAGAAUAAUGAAAUCACACUUGAAGUCGGUCUAUUUUUUAUAAAUAUUCUGUCGAUGUACAUAAUGAGAUAAUGCAAUACUCUAGUAAUAAAUUUUUAAUGUGCUCCGUCUCUGAUAAACUGGUUUUAAUCCAACUCUGGAUACUUUGAACAAGGAGUCCCUGUGCUAUAUCAGUCUUUAUAAAUAAUUGGAGUAUAAACUCGAAAUUUUAGCUUAUAAUAUUUAAUGAGAUACUCUCUGUUGUAGCUGCUAAGGCUGGUGGAAACGCGACCACAUUUCCACCAAACAUACCUAUGAAUAAACUUGAAUUUGACGGAUUAUUCUUAACAUUUUUCAAUUUUUUUUCACCGCAUAAUUGCAUUUCUGUGUUACCAAAGGUUGAUUGCUAGAGAAUGCUGUAUAGCAUUGAAUCCUUCUUUUGCAACAAUCAUUUUUUGGUCAAUAAAGAAUAAAUUUUAAUUUUUUUUAAAUGUAAUGUAUUUUUUUUUAAUUUAAUUAUUCAGCCUGUCAUUUUUGACAUGAAUAUAAGAAUAAUAUUUUAGAAAUAGAAGUACAAAUCGUGUUAUCCCCUCGUCAACUCCUUAUAAACCUAUUGAAAUGUUUUGUUUUUUUUUUUGCGUUAUUAUUUUUAUCUAAAAGACAGUAACACAAUAUUAAUAGUUAAAAUAGGUUUGUAGGACAUUUUAGUUUUAUUUUUUUAUAAGCUGGUUAGUAUUCGUAUGUUAUCUUGUCCACUAUGUUAGUAAACUACAUCACUCGUCUACCAACGUUAGCAUUUUUACGAGACUCAGAUAUUUCAUUGGCAGUAUGGUAUGGAGAUGUGUUUAAUUCCGUUAAAACAUCUCGUUUGUUGGUGAGUUUUGUAGAGUAUGUACACAUAUAGCGUUAUCGGCCAGACAUUGACCGCCUGUGUGUGUGUGUGUGUGUGACUGCGAGCGAACAUCUCACGACUGGGCCGACGAUAUCAUUCCAUUAGUUAGGCUAACAAAUUCGCACGAUAUAAUACGCAACAAAUUAUAUUAUUCAUGUAUUCACUUAGUUGUUUAUGCAUUUUUUAUGCAACCUAACAUGGGAAAUAAGCUGACGGACAGAUAGUGACCGUCAGUGGUGGACAGUGGUAACUAUUGCCUAUAGAUAAACAAAAUAUGAACACAAAUCAUGGACUUCAUGCACGGGCAUUACCGUGGACGACCUCAUGUUUAUUUUAGGUAUAAUAAUAAUUAAUCGUUGUUAAAUAACUGUAGUCCUUAAUUUAAUAGUAUCAGAAUUAUUAACUAUCCUCAGGUGUUACAACGCAUGUGGGGUAGUAUGAAUGGUACAAUAGGUGGUAGUUGCCACUUUCCAUGGGGUGCCGGAUUCGUCAGCUUACGUCCCUCUCUCAGUGGGUAUCAUAAAAGUCGAUCAUUUCAUACGAUUGACCCUCGCAUGGAUAAUAGCGCCAUCUGUGUAAUCCUGUGGACAUUAUUCACGUUGCUCACGUGAUUUCUCAAGUGCUUAAUGCUAAAAAUAGUUUACAUUAUUUCAGGAAAUAUUCAGGUUAUUUGAUGAAAUUGUGAAAGUGUUUUUAUGUAAUGUUUUGUGAUUAUAUUGCAUAAAUAAAAUCGAUGUCUUCAUUAUUUUAUAUAACAUAUGAGUAUAUUCAAGUUUGUCACGGGUCGUUGGACUUAUGUUUACUUUUACAAAGAGAAAAAAUAGAAAGUAUUAAAUAAUUAAUAAACUUCCGAUAUGAGAUUAUUCUCAAUAAAAUAAUUUGUUUUAACGACUAUCUAUGUAAAUUUGCAUUUUCAGAUGGCGUAAUUGUUCGUUGGUAUAUUGCGAGUAACCAAAGCAUUAUUUUCUAGUCAUUAGGCCUAAAAUGCUAUGUAAUCGUACAUAAUUAUUUCACCAAGUACUUAGUUUAUAUUAUGAAUAGUUUAGCUAUACCUACAUUACAUGACAUGUACCAAUAUUCAAUGGCCGCGUUGUGUGCUUCGUACAGCGUCGCAGUUUGUUUGUCCGAUACUAGAUGUCGCUACAUUCCGUAUAAAUACAUUCCGUACAAUUUACAAUACAUAUUGUGAAUAUUGGUGCGUGUUAUAACAAUAAGGUAAUUCAAUUAUAUUUGCAAAACUCGAUACUCUAUAAAUAUUGGCAAUAUGACAAUGUUACGCGGGGUGGCAUGCGUAUGUAUAUAUAUAUAUAUUUUUUUUUUUCUUUUUUGGCAUUUUUAGUAAGCAUACUUUGGCAUUUAAAAAUAAGAUAGUCAAAUCAAUUAUAAUAUACAUCACAACAUAAUCGGUGACCACUAAAAUAGCUAGGAGGCGUAGAUAGAUUGUUAACAUUAAACUUUGUUUGUUCUCGCUAGGGAUUUGUUUGUAUAGGUACGGGUUAUACGAUAAAAAACAUACCAACAUUGUUUAUUAAAUUUGCCGACUAAGAAAAACGGAGUAUACACGGUGAAACGUUAUUUUUGUACAUCUGUUACGUUAUAUUAUUAUGUAUAACAUAUAUUAACAUGCAUACGAUUGUAGCGAGUUUGAAUGCAUCUGUUUUAAAUAGGGCUGGAAGCAACACGAUUCACAUUACUGACUUGAUAUACAUUCAGGAAAGAAAACUACCUCAAGUUUGAAAGAGCGGCCCUGUAUAACUAACUGCUAUGCAAAACUAUGUUAAGGAAGUUAUAAUCUAGUCCGCUAUAUCUCACGGGUGUUUGAUAUUUGUAUAAUUUGACUGAAUAAAAUUUAUUGCAAGCAACUA